UCUACAAAGAUGUUCCUGUGUUGAAAUGGGCCAGCUAAAGUCUCAUUCUAAAUACAAUCUGACUCAACUUGAGCUAUUUUACCCAAUGUUUGGUCUCAAGAUAUGCAAAUGCCAGGAUCAGCGAGAAGUGGAAUCAGCUGCGUCUGGACUUAAAGCUCUGCCAUCAGCCACACAGACUUCAUCAUGGAUAACAAACUGGUGAUCCACCAGCCUCAGCCGGUGAUGGAGAUCCAAAACUCUCAGGAGUGGGGGACCGGCAUCUGUGACUGCUGUCAGGAUGUCAAGGAAUGCUGUUUUGCUUUCUGGUGCUGCCCCUGCUUUGCGUGCAUCACCUCCAAAAAAUAUGGAGAGCAUCUCUGUCUCCCCCUGCUGGAGGUCUUCAGUUAUUGUACCCCCGCCAUCACUCUGGCAGUGAGGACCAGCAUGAGGCAUCGCUACAACAUCGAGGGCUCCAUUGCCAGGGACUGUCUGCUUUCCACCUUUUGCACAUCCUGCGUUUGGUGCCAGAUGUCCAGAGAGAUAAAAAGGAGGAAUAUCCAAAUCGUCUUGGUCAACGCUAAAACCUCCUGAGCUCGUCGUCACCAUCAGAGCGGCCACGUUUCAGUAAUCCUCAGUGGGAUCGAUGUAUAGGGAUUUAAAAUGCACUCUGUUUUUCAUAUGUGAUUGUUGUGUAAAAACUGAACUGCAGUGAUAAACUGAACAGUUUAUUUUGACUCAUGGCACUGUGGAGAAAUUGAAGGAUUUCAGCUUUAUAUUUAUUUAAUAUCAACGAACGCUGACUUGUUUUACCUGUAUAUGUUUUCAACUUAGUCAGUCAACGGUAAUAAAAUUGUAUUCUUUGCAAUGAUGAAUUUUAGUUAUUCAAUCAAAAUAUACAUUCAGUGAUAUAUAUAUAUUUUUUUUAGUAGGUGAUUUGGAAAGGGACAAAUAAGAGAAAGAAAAUGUCAAAUUUCCAUGCUAUGUCAAAAUAGAGCCUAGCAAUAAAGCCUUUUUUUGUUUAUAAACUGUAUAAAUUGAAAUCAGAAUCCAGUAGUAGAAUCUCACACAUACAAUUUUAGGCAAGCCCGUCCAACUCGGUGACUUUUCUUUCUGCAAGAGUCUGUGAUCAUCCCUGUGGAGCUAAACGGAAAACAAAAGUGACGGUACUGUUCUUCCACAACAGAGCACAGCGCAAAAGGGGGUUAGGUUUUCAAAACUGACAUGUUACCUACAAAGCUGUGCCACAAUAGGACCAAACCUGAUGUAGCAGGACACACAGGGCGCAGAUAAAAAAAAAAAAAAAAAAAAAAAAAAUGAUUGAGAGAAAAUUGAGACGAGGCCCUAUGAUUCAGAAGUUUGGAGGUUGUGAUGGAGCUCCAUUCUCACAAUGACCGGAGACGUUUGUUGGGUAUCUUGUCUGCUAUCUGUGCAAGAAUUCAUCACAGUGCUGUUAUACCUGUCAAGGUAUUAAAUCCGGUAAGCAGAAUAUGCCGAGUAGAAAAAUCUGUACAGAAAACUUAGAAUCAAGCUCAUUUUUUUUUU